AUCCCAGCUGAACAAAGCAGCUUAAAGAGAGUGAUAUAGUAUUUGGCACAGGCAGGGGAGAGGCCAGUGAGAGAGCGGCGAGGUGAGCGCUGGGUUAUGAGCUGGUACUUCAUUAACUGAUUUUUACAGCACUGAAGGUUCAGGUGUGUUUGCUAGGAGUUGGCAAUAAGGAGACUUUCUUCGGUCUUACCAGUCUUUCCAGUUUUUUCAUGUCUUCUCAGGAAGGUAGAGAGCAGGUUGUCUUCAGUCAUGCGUGGUCCUGUUCACUUUUACUUUGAAACACAAAGGAGGGUUGUUGUUGGACUUUAUUAAGAGCUUGAUUAACUUUUGCUGAAGUUUUGUUUGCUGGUGGUCCUGUCCAACAUUAGCGGUGCGAUCUUGCAGCAACUCAUUUAGGAGCUCACUGGAACGUAUUUGUAGAGAAGGAUGAGCAGUUUUCUGUACUUCAUCCUCCCAGCUCUGGGUGGAUACACUCUCGCCUCGGUGUACCUGCUGAAGAACCCCCAGAUUCUCCACAGGAGGAAACGCACAGCCUUUUACUGCAAACACAUCUCGCACAGAGGAGGAUCUGGAGAGAGGAUAGAAAGCACGAUGGAGGCGUUCACAAAUGCAGUGGAGCAGGGUACACAGAUGCUGGAGCUGGACUGUCACUUGACGCAAGACGGACAUGUGGUGGUAUCACAUGAUGAGAAUCUGCUGAGGCAGACUGGCCACGACGUCACCAUCUCCUCACUCAAGCUGCAGGAUUUGCCUCUGUAUAAGGAGAGACUGGAGGUGACAUUUUAUGCAGGCCGCUACAGCAGCGGUGCAGACAGGAAGUUCGCUCUGCUGGAGGACGUGUUCAGGAAGUUCCCUGAGAUGCCUGUCAGCGUUGAGAUCAAAGAGAACAACAAGCAGCUGAUAGAAAAGGUGUCUGAAUUGGUUAGACGCUACAACAGGGAUGAGAUCACUGUCUGGGCCUCUGUGAGCUCCAGUAUCAUGAAGGAAUGCUGCAAAAUGAAUGCCUCCAUGCCGUACAGUUUCAGUGUGAACCGAGGUGCGCUGCUUCUGCUUCUCUUCUACAGCGGCCUGCUGCCCUUUGUGCCGCUGGGAGAGAGUUUACUGCAGUUCUACCUGUUGCGCCUCAUUAACAGGAUGUACAUUCCUGAGGAGGGCAUCCUGAGGAACAGGCUGGUCAUGUCUUUGUUAGAAAAAGUAACAAUGAGGAAGAGCCUUUUUAAACACCUCGCAGCGCGUGGAAUUCAGGUGCAUUUGUUUGUGUGCAACACAGAUGAAGACAUAAAGGCUGCGUUUGAAGUGGGGGCCACGGGGGUGAUGAGUGACUAUCCUGCUCUUCUGUCAAGCUACCUCAGCAGAAACAGAAGUCAGGAUUGACCCUGAACACAUCCACAAAUGAGAACCAUUGGUCACUCUGAAAUGGUGGCUUACUGAUGAAUGAGGGUUGUGUAUAAAAAUAGAAGUUUGAGUCCCAUUUAAUUUCUCUGAUUGUGACAAGAAUAGUCAAACAGUUGCUGGUGUUAUUAUUAAACACCAUGUAGUGGGAACAAACCUUCAAUCAUUCAACGAUUUAAUCUCAAUCCUUAAUCACUGUUGAUAGAAUGACAACAUGUGUUGUUAUCUAUGUCCUCCACCCACAGUCUGUCAGACACAGCCCAGUGUUUAAGGAAACAGUCAGUUGCCUUAAGUUAACAAAAUAUAACACAAACAAUGACUGAUGGCUGAUAUAAUAAUGACAUAUAUAUAUAUAUAUUUUUUUUUUUUUUUUUUUUUUUUUUUUUAUUAGAAAAAAAGGGCUAAAAGUACAGUAAUGAUAAAGAUCAUGGGGUUACGAAUGCAGGAAGAUAAUAAAUGUUUACCAGAUGGAAUCGAUGAAUCAAUUCAAAUGUUUUUAUGUAAUGCCGAAGGACAGGUUUUCCAUUGAAAUACAAUUCCUUGAUAUCAGUGCGAUGGGGCACCACAGGAGAGUAGAUAGUGAGUUAAUGAUUUCUUUCCAAAUGUGUGUUACGGGUGUGCAGUGCCAGGUAGAGUGGAAGUUGUAGUUUUUUGCGUAUAGUGUGAGCAAAUUUCAGAUUGUACCAAUCUCAUUUGAAACAACAUGUGCCCAGUGAGGCAGACUCUGUGGAUUAUCUUGCAUUGUACAGGCAGCGUAUUGGUGUUUUUAAAAGAUGUUCCUACAGAUCAGGUUCCAGACUUCAGUAUUGGGAGUGAUGGAUAAGUCAUCAAUUUCAUUGAUGGUAAGGAUAUUGUUUUCUCAUUGGGAUAUAAUUCUAUAUAUACUGGAUAGAAUUUUGUUUGAAGAAGUAUUUAGGCCUUUAUGUUUAAUUUAAUUUGAAUAGAAAAUUUGAGUUGUAGAUAUUCAAGGAAGUGAUUACUCCCAUUGCUGAACUGUUGGACCAGGUGGGAGAAUGAGACCAUUGUUUCCCAAUAAUAUUUGGUGAUGAAUCUAAUGAUUUAAACCACGUGACAGUGGGAUGAGUUGGAUUAAUUGAGAAUAGAUAAUUUUAGGGAGUACUGUAAUUUUAACGGUAGCUGUACUGCCCAUAACUAAUAUUGGCAUUAGAGAUUAUCAUUUAUUGUUUUGGGUUGAGACUACAGCUCUGACAGCCGGUGGGAAAUGUGAGUUGUUAGAUAUAUGAUGGAUCCGGUACAUAGUGGGAUAGGUGUUGAUUGGCUGCUGGAUCCCAGCUGUUGAUCCGUAGUGGGAGGAUAGUGGAUUUGGUCCAGUCUAUAGAGUAACUGGACAUUUUGGAGAAUCAUUCAAUGAGCCCUACGGUUUCUUGGGGUUUGGGUAUAUAGCAAUAUGUCUUCUGCAUAGAGAGAGAUGUGUGCUGGAAGAUUAAAUGCGUUUGAUGUUGAUGUUUUGGCGAAUGGCCGCAACUGAAGGCUCAAUGAAGAUGGUGAACAGAGAGGAAGAGCGGUCAUCCUUGCCUAGUCCCCCAGAGUGAAAUUUAGUGACGUUUGCCCAUUAAUGAUAACAGUGGCCAAAGGUGAGGUGUACAGCAUCUUAAGCUUUUUCUGCCUUAUGGGAGACUAUAAUGGUUUGUGUGCUGCAGAGAUGAAUAAUGUAUUAAACUGGUUUCUGUUAUUACUUGAGGAGUGUUUACCUUUAAAAAAACUGAUGGAUUUGGAUGUUUUAUGGAAGAAAUCACCUUUCCUCUUCUGCGAGAGCCUGACUUAGACUUGUCUGUCUGUGAAAUGGGACGGUAGCCGGCUGGUAGGGUGAGGUCUUUGUUGGGUUUUUAAAAGAAGUGAGAUUGUGUCUAUAUUCAUGUUUGCUGAUAGCCCAGAGUUUUGUUUUAUUUCAGCUGUCAGUUUGUGAAAAAGUGGUGCUAGGAUGGUCCAGUGUUUGCAGCUGGAGUAAAUAUUUAACCAGCUGGAUCAUGUCACCUGACAUCCCAUUUAUCAUGAUAAGAGAGUAACGUGACUUUGUUUUGGCUGUAUCUGACAUUAUUUGAUUGGUUGGAGCAAGUGCUGGAAACAAACUUGAAAAUUUAAGGAAAAUAACAUUUAUUUAUACUAUAAAUAUAUCCAUAUAGGUGAGUACAGUGUUAUUAAUGUUGUUUUCAGACUGUGUUUUGGACCUUUGUUUAAUGCAAUCACUCAUACAUUUACAUGUGCAGUAAACCUCACCUGUCUCCUAGUUUUCCCAGGCCACGAUCAAAGUCCAUUGUGAUAAUGAUCAACCAGGCUGUUGGUGAAACAAAGGCUGUAUUUUUCUGACCUGCUUGGCUGUGCCUCGUCGAGUGACGAGUUAAUGUAAUACUAAGUGGAUCAGUGCAGAGUGAGGUUUUUAAUACAGUAGUUGCAAAAAGCAAAGGUAUGAUGUGACAAAGCAGGGAAAUUAGGCUCUUGUGGUCAUACAACCAAGGCCUUAGCUACCAUUGAAGACAGAGAGAGAAUGUCAUCAGUAAUAUUUUUGGGAAUCUAGAGGGUUUAUCAACAUUAAGUGGGGUUUAGGUUCACACAUACACAUGUUGGGACUAAAUACCUUACACAUUGUGUAUUUAGGCCAAAAAAAAAAUAUCUUACAGUAAUUGAUUAAUCAUUUCAAUAAGACAAAACUGCUUUCAGUUUCUGAAAUGUGAAAUUGCUGUUUGUCUUAAUGGUAUGUUAUUGUAAACUGAACUGGGUUGUGGGUAGUGGGAAAGACAAAACAAGACAUCAUGAAGACGUCACCUUGUGCUCUGGGAACUUGUGAUGGAGAUUUUUGACUAUUUUGUGACAUUUUAUAGACUAAAUGAUUAAUCGAGGCAAUUAUCAACAGAUUAAUCAAUAGUAAGAAUAAUCAUUAGUUACAACCCUGCUUUUCAAACAUUUAGACUAUCGGGAGAUAACAUUUACAGACAAUACAAUUGAACAGUUAAAUAAAUAAAAAUGUGAA